CGAAAACAAAACAGUCAAAUCGGUGCCGGUGCUUCAUUUGGGCAAAGUUGUUGACAACAUUUUGAUUAUUUUUGUAAUUUUUCAGUCUUGAUAAAGUAAAUGUGAACUAUGUGAACAAUGAGCCUCACCAAUCGAAAAAAUGCGGUAGAUGAACAUUACAACUCUAAUAUGACACAAGAAGAACAAUUUCGCAGUGAAUUUUGGAACAAACUGCAAAAUGGAAUGCGAGUAUGGGUCCCACUACAUAUAAAGAACAUCUUGAAGUUAAGUAACUUGGACAACGCAAGUUGCUUACAAGACUUAGAUGAUGCGGCUAUCAAAGAAUUGGAAAGUUUUGCAAAAACGAUAAUGCUGAAAAAAGUGAAAAAUGAACCUGAUCUGACACAAUAUUACGGGGUUUUUAAUGAAGAACCCGAGAAUUUCGAAUUUGUUAUAGGAGAUAAACUCAUACUAAAGCGAAUGGUAAAAUUCACUCAAGCUACACCCUUCGAAUAUUGGACAUCUAGAACGUCUGAGAGUUAUGCUAUGCCGAGCACGCAAAAAAGUGAUAAGGAUCCAGAUACUGACAUUUCGACAGAAAUUUCGAAAGUGAAUAGACUAGUCAAAAAAGUGGUCAAUGAAACUACUCCAUAUCUCAGUGAAACCCACCGAGUAAACUUGUUAAACGGUGUGGACACAAACAUUUCGAUUGAAAAAGAUGCUUACGACGUCCUUCAAUGUUACAAAGCAACAAUUACGUGUCCAGUCUGCCACCAAAACUUGAACUUCACAAAAUCCAUGACAAAGACAAACUACAAUCCUCGAUGGAUAAUUUCAAACCUCAAACGACAUUUCGAGACACAUUUUAUCGUCCAACCGGACAACAAGAAAAUUACAAAACAAACCAAGAAAAAAAAAAUUCAGUUAUAAAACUCUCACAACGGUGAAGCCUAAAAACUUAAUAAUCCUUCGUUCUGAGUCUUUAUAAAGCUUCUCACACUAUUUGAUUGCCGAGUUAUAACACUCUAAAUAUGACACAUUGACAAUAGUCAAAAAAUAUAUAAUAAAAAAUAAAAUUGAAAAAAAAGAUAAAAUUGACAAUAGUUAAAAAAGUAAGAGAUUUUGAUAUGAGCGUGAGCUAGUAAAUUUUGAAAAAAGUUAUCUUUUAUAAGCCACAAAAUAUCGCGUUAAAAAAAAAGAUUAUUAUCUAUUUUUAGUUAUACAUAAGCUACUUAUGUAAUUUCAAGCUAAUCUACACUGAAAAUUUUUUGGGCGAGCUGCUCGCCCACGUGGCAGAGCUGCAACACCAAAUGCGUCGCGCGCUGCUCGCUUGCAACUUGGUUCACAUCCUCUCUCAUAUUGGGCACGCUGUGUGCCCAGAUUGGAACAGCUGUAGUCGCAACAGUAUU